AGAGCUAGAGUCGGACUCGCAGCCAACCAUUGCAGAACUGGCCCAAUGUAAUCGUGCCGAGAGGCUAGCAGGAGCUGGCUGGCUGAGCUGGAGCACGGAGAGGAUCAUAAAGAUUCUUGCCUCGUGGAUCGAGUCCGGCACUCGCUACUUGCUGCGGUGAUUAAGGGAAGCGGUAUUCUGUGCUGAGGACGAGGGACGGAAAGGCAGUUCCGGUCGACUGGAAUAAUUAUUUAAAAGCAUGGCAAAGCUGGAUGCUGACACGACGUCAUCUGACGAUAUUGAUUUAACAUGCGAUGAAGUGCUGCCGCCAGAGCCGGUGGAAGAGAGCGAGUUCGAACGUGAGUUCCGGUAUGAGAAGAAGUUGACUGGACAUGGCACGAUGGCCCAAGAACUGCUCUUCCACUCGGCAAGUGAGUCCAUGCUGAACAACGUGGAUGACUUGGAGCCGGUCAGCGACCAAGAGCGGCCCAAGUCACUGCCGCUGGCCAUCGCCAGUCCACAGGUGACUGUUGCGGCGUUUGUGCAGCAUGCUGCGCCGGGCCAGGUCGUGGCAAUGCCGGCGGCCACUGGCAUGACGGGCUCCAUGCCAGUGCAACAGUUCACGCUGUUUUCCCCGGCUCCGCGACAGGCUGUACCGGCGGCGACGUGUCCACUGCCGAUGCACGUGCAGCAGUGGUCCGCUGCACCAGUGACUGUCGCCGCCAGUCAAAUGGUCUUCAGACCGAUAGUGGCCGCAACACCAGCUUCGACUGCGGGCAUUCCUCUAGCACCUAUACCGUACCAGCUGUCACCAUUGCAGCCACAGCCGUUCCGCUACAGCUUUCAUCAACAACCAGACCCUGGAGCUGAGUAGUGCGAUGCAAACGUCAACCGAAAAACAUGAUUGUGCAAAUUUAUCCGGAUUAUCUCAGAGUAUCACAAACUGCUAUAUUUAUGAUGAGUGUGUCUAUUCCAAUAGGUUCUAUUGUUUUGAUUUGUUCCAACUUCCCAACCACAGUUAUUACUAUUUCAAUGCGGUGUGGCACAUAAUUAUAACAAAAUUCGCCUUGUGUCAAUGCAAAAUGAAAAAGAACGAAUGUUCGUUUUC